GCAUGUCAGGAUCACGCAGCCGCACAGGCUGCAUGGCAUGUCGACGUCGAAAAAAGAGAUGUGACGAGCUUAAGCCAAUCUGCCAACGCUGUCAGGUAUCUGGCGUGUCUUGUGUUUAUCCCAAUGCCAGCGGAGCUUUCAACGAACGAUACCUUAUCUCGUCAGCUCUUGAGCAUUACACCGUGCCGAGCAUCCCGUCUGAGCGACACUUUAUCAAUCUCGGCCCAAAAGAUAUUGCUCAUCUGUGUCUGAAUUAUGGUCCAUCAAUUGACUACAGUUUGAACGUCGACACUCUGACUGACCGAGAGAUCCCGAGGGCUUUGCCAACGACAGAUGCUCUGAUAGAUGUGUCAGAGGGACAACUACUUCAAUACUAUGCGGAAGUGAUCAGCGCAAGCAGAGUAUAUGUCACUGGAGACGAGAACCCAUUCUGUUCUUUGACCAUGCCAAUUGUAUAUACCCGCCGCGGCUCCUUAUUCUAUACGAUCCUUGCAUUGAGUGCAGCCGAGAUGGCGUGUCCAGAAAACAGCUUUCCUAAUGGGCUCAUGACCAAAGCUUCAGCAUACUACGACAACGCGAUCAACAAAUUACAGCUGUCGCUAGCUAAUCCAAACGACGCAGAAGAAAACAUUCUGACCUGUGUACUCUUGUCGUCUUUCGAGAUCUCCAACGGACAGCGCCCUGCCUGGCUGCAGCAUCUCAAUGGCGCUGUGGCCAUACACAAUCACUUUGCGCCUUUCAUCAGUCAAGAAUGUGCGCUUNUUGCUUACCAAUACUUUGGCUUCAGAUGGAUACUUUUGGAGACGACCAUGCCUCCAGGAACUUACCCCUUGGAAGAAGUGACAAGUGCAACGUCCAUGACUGCACAACUCUUGCAGAACCUAAGCGCAAUGCUCCAACAGACUAUCGAUACAGUACCCACCGUUGCGAUGCAGAAAAUUGACAACAAGCUCGGUUGUUCGUUAGAGUAUCUGCAACUUGUCAACAGGAUAUCGACGCUGUCAGCUCUCAAAUAUCACUGUCAAGCAGACGAAACUGUCGCAGAAGAGACAUCCGACCUAUACUCUGUGACGGCAUUGGCAUUCGACGACGCUCUGCGUGAUAUGGCCUUUGUCGCUCAACUUGAAGAUCACUAUCUUGAGCAUAGUAGCCGAUGCUUCAGGCUUGCAGGUAGAGUUUACCUUCGUUUGAUCUGCCUCGAUGCCAGCCCCACUCAGUUGGCUUUGACUGACAUGCAAUGUGAUUUGCUCCAAGCAUUGCGCAUGGUUAUCAACGAGAACCAGAAACGACGAGCCUUUCCCAUGUGGCCGUUGUUCAUCGCUGGUUGCGCGUCUUCUGAUGAUGAGCAUCGAAAAUCUGUCCUCGAUAUGUUCCGCACACUGGACAGGAAGUGGCCUAUCAGCAAUAUCUCAUAUGUCCGGAAUGUUACGAGACAAAUUUGGCAGAGUCGAGACCUGAAUGGAGUUGAUAACAGCCAGAGGCAUGACUGGCAGACGCUCAUCACAACAUUUGGCUGGAAGCUUGCUUUGUCU